UCCGAUCGAACAUUCUAGUGAUAUUUUGUUGUUCGCCUCGUGCGGUUGCUUGUCCGAAAGUUUUGCGUUUAGUAAAUAGCAGUUUUGUGUUGUAAUUUUUAAGAUAUAUUUCUUAAUAUGAGUAAUAAAGAAAAGGCCAAUCUACUUAAGGAUAAAGGCAAUUCUGCUCUAAAUGCUGGAAAUUUUGAUGAAGCUAUAAAGUAUUACACGGAAGCUAUCUCUGAGGACUCAUCUAACCAUGUGCUAUUUAGUAACCGUAGUGCUGCAUAUUGUAAAGCUGGUAAAUACAAAGAAGCUUUAAUAGAUGCUGAAAAAACUGUGGAAGUGAAACCUGACUGGGCAAAGGGGUAUUCUAGAAAAGGAGCUGCAUUAGCAUAUUUGAAACGUUAUGAUGAUGCUCUAAAUGCUUAUAAAGAAGGUUUAAAGUUUGAUCCGAACAAUGAGCAGCUCAAAGAAGGAAUUAAAGAAGUUCAGUCUCAAAUGUCGUCAGGUAAUUUAAGCUAUAGAUUAGUUUUUCCUAAUCCAUUUUCUGGGCCAGGAAUUAUGGAAAAAUUAAGAAAUGAUCCACGUACAAGAGAUUACUUGAAUGAUCCUAGUUAUAUCAAAUUGCUUCUUGACUUGCAACAGAACCCUUCAAGUAUGCUUGAAAAGCUUAAAGAUCCUCGUGUGAUGACAACAUUAAAUGUCCUCCUAGGAUUUGAUUUAGGAGCCGAUGGAGAAGAUGAUGAUGAUGUUGAAAUGGAUGUGCCUAAACCAAGUCCUUCAAAACCCAAAGAAGAACCAAUGGAAGUAGAAUUGUCACCUGAAAAAAAGCAGGCUAUCGUAGAAAAAGACAAAGGAAAUGAAUUGUAUAAACAGAAAAAAUUUGAAGAAGCUAUAGUUCAGUAUGACAAAGCUAUUGAGUUAGAUCCUAGUGAAAUGACAUUCAAUACGAACAAAGCAGCUGUAUAUUUUGAGCAAAAAGAUUUUGAAAAAUGUAUAAAGGAAUGUGAAAAAGCUAUUGAGGUUGGAAGAGAAAAUAGGGCAGAUUUUAAAAAACUAGCAAAGGCUUACUCAAGAAUGGCUGCAGCAUACCAUAAAAUUAAAGAUUAUUAUAAGGCUAGGACCUUUUAUCAAAAGUCUUUAACGGAGCAUAGAACUCCUGAUACUGUAUCAAAAUUACAGGAAGUAGAAAAAAUCAUAAAAGAAGAAGAAAAAAAAGCUUAUCUUGAUCCGGAAAAAGCCUUGGAAGAAAAGAACAAAGGAAAGGAAUGUUACCAAAAAGGUGAUUAUCCUGCUGCUAUGAAGCAUUAUACAGAAGCUAUUAUGCGUAAUCCAGAUGAUGCAAUUCUAUACAGUAACCGAGCUGCCUGUUAUCAAAAGCUUGCAGAAUUUCCUUUGGCACUGAAAGAUUGUGAAACAUGUAUUAAAUUAGAUCCAAAUUUUGUUAGGGGACACAUAAGAAAAGGAAUGGCUCUAAUGGCAUUGAAAGAACAUGCAAAAGCAUCCGCUGCAUUCCAAAAAGCUAUGGAACUAGAUCCAAAUAACCAGGAAGCACUGGAUGGGUACCGAAAGUGCAUUACAACUAGCAGUAGCAAUCCAGAAGAAGUUCGAAAGCAAGCAAUGUCUGAUCCAGAAGUUCAACAAAUUUUAGGAGACCCUGCAAUGCGAUUGAUUUUAGAACAGAUGCAGAAUGAUCCUAGGGCACUUCAAGAGCAUCUUAAAAAUCCAGACAUAGCUGCAAAAAUCCAGAAACUUCUAGAAUCUGGACUAAUAGCAAUUCGCUAGCAAUUUUGUAUACCACCUAGUCUUAUGGACUUAUUUUCCAUUAUGAAAACAUUGCUGUCUGAAAUGUUACAUUUAUUAAUGCUCUGCUGACUUUGGUCUUCAUUAUCAUUUCAUGUAAUAACUGCAGACUGAAGAUUGCACGAUAUUUUUCUUUAAAAACCUCUUGAAUCAUUCAAACUGUAUAUUUACUCGAGCCAAACUGUGAAAUAAAUGUUUGUUACUUCAGUAA